AUGGAUGAACAACAAAGUUUAGCCAAAGAUUGUGACUUAACAGAGUUCAACGGCGAGAGUCUUCUUGACCCGAUAAACCGUCUUAAAGAAAUAUUACAGUCUCAGUCAUCUAUCUUUGAUAGUUCUUCAAACGUUGAUGUCCCCGAAUCAACCUUACAAGGCCACAAUUCUCCUAAGGCUUCAUCCGUUGAAGCUUCACUUUCGUCCUCAGACGCUAAUUCAACACAUAUAGAGUCUAAUCUUAGUACUGCUCAUACUUUAUCAACACCCUCUUCUAAUAAUGAUACAUUAAAUCUAACGCUAAAAAGAAGGAGCGUACCACCUGUAGCAUUGAUUUCAGCAGAUAUCAGACAA